UCAUCAUUCAUAACAAGUCAAAAGUCUAACACCACUGUCAACUGCUCCCUCCCUCCCUCUCCCUCUCCCUCUCCCUCAUUCAUCAAUCUUCACUAGAGAGAGAGAGUGCUGCUCCAAAAAUCUCCACAAAUGGGUAUUCAAAUCAGCCGAAUCAACCGAGGCCGCAGCGAUUCCCUCCGCCCGCAGCCACACCCGCCGCCGCCUCGAACCAUCUCAGACCCCACCCCGAAUGCUUCCACUACCUCCUCAGCAGCCCCCGACCUUACCUUCUACGAAGCCGCCUGCCUCUCCGAUCCACAACUCCGGAGCUUCGACUCCUCCGUCCAGCUCCGCACCACCCGCGCCAUCAACUCCAUCGCCCUUGCCCUCGACUCCCGCGCCGUCUCCCUCGAUUCCCUCAGCCAGGUCACCGAAUGCCUCCUCGAGACCAACCAGGAAGUCGUCAAAAUCAUCCUCCACAACAAGCGCGACGUCUGGAACAAUCCCGAACUGUCCGAUCUCGUCGACGAUUACUUCGAAAACAGCCUCCUAACCCUAGAUUUCUGCACCGCGCUCGACGCCUGCCUCAAGCGCGCCGGCCACAUCGAGUCGAUCGUCAAUGUAGCCCUGAGGAAGUUCCAGGAGGAGCACUACGGCGCCGCCGAGGAGAGGAAUUACGCCAGAACUCUCGAGGAAUUGAGCAAUUUCAGAGCGGCGGGCGAUCCAUUCACGGAGGAGAUUUUUAGGGCUUUCAAUUCGAUCCACUCGCGGCAGUCUCAGAUGCUCGAGAGAUUGCACGCGAAGAAGCGGAAGCUCGAUCGUAAGCUGAAGCGGCUCAAGGCGUGGAGACGAGUCUCGAACGUGAUAUUCGUAGCAGCUUUUGCCUCGGUGCUGAUAUGUUCUGUGGUGGCCGCCGCCGUGUCUGCUCCGCCGGUGGUGACGGCUCUAGCAGCUGCAGCCGCCGUGCCCCUGGGCUCGAUGGGGAAAUGGCUGAACUCACUGUGGAAGAACUACGAGAGGGAUUUGAGGGGACAGACAGAGAUACUCACCUCAAUGCAGAUAGGGAGCUACAUAGCGUUGAAUGAUUUGGAUAGUAUAAAGAGGCUGGUGGAGAAGUUUCAGAUAGUGAUCGAGUCGUUGCUGGCGAAUGCUGAGUUUGCAAUGAGAGGGGACGAGGCGGUGGUGGUGGCGGUGGAUGAGAUCAGGCAGCAGGUGGAUAGCUUCAUCAAGACUAUACAGGAGCUCCGAGACAGAGCCAACAAGUGCACGCAAGAGACGAGGAUGGCCCGGACUUUGAUACUGCGGAAGAUCAUGAAUCAUCCCUCGGGCUCCAAUCAAGAUAUUGAUAUGUUUUCAUGACUGAAGUAGAGAGGAAUCAGCAGUCUAUGAGCUAGCUAAUUAUGUGCAUUGUGAAAUAUACAUGUCCUGAUAAAUAAGGGCUGGGCAUAGAUACCUAUAUAUUGGCCUUAUUCUUGUAAGGCAUAGAGUUGUCACACAUGUUACUAGGAAGAUGACUGGAUACUACAUAGUAUAUACUGUACUAUAUUUUAAAUUAUUUCAUUGAAUAAUAUGACUUGGUUUUGCAUAA